UUUUACCUUCCAAGGCAAAAAAGAAUGCUGAUGGGAUAACCACUUCCCUAACUAUCGGAUUGUGGAGCUGGUUGCCAUGAUGGAUGAUCAGCAAGCUUUGAAUUCAAUCAUGCAAGAUUUGGCUGUUCUUCAUAAGGCCAGUAGACCUGCAUUAUCAUUACAAGAAGCCAGAAAAACAAAGUCUUUAUCCCCCAAAAAACAGAAUGAUGUCCGAGUAAAAUUUGAACAUAGAGGAGAAAAACGAAUCCUUCAAUUCCCCAGGCCAGUUAAACUAGAAGAUUUGAAGUCUAAAGCUAAAAUAGCUUUUGGACAGUCCAUGGAUCUACAUUAUACCAAUAACGAGUUGGUAAUUCCAUUAACAACCCAAGAUGACUUGGACAAAGCUGUGGAACUACUAGAUCGUAGUAUUCAUAUGAAAAGUCUCAAGAUAUUACUUGUAAUAAAUGGAAGUACACAGGCUAAUAAUUUAGAACCAUUACCAUCCCUGGAAGAUUUGGAUAACACAGUAUUUGGAGCAGAGAGGAAAAAACGGCUUUCUAUAAUAGGUUCCACUAGUAGAGACAGAAGCUCCCCUCCGCCAGGUUACAUUCCAGAUGAAUUACACCAGGUUGCCCGGAAUGGGUCAUUUACCAGUAUCAAUAGUGAAGGAGAAUUCAUUCCAGAGAGCAUGGACCAAAUGCUGGAUCCAUUAUCUUUAAGCAGCCCAGAAAAUUCUGGCUCAGGAAGUUGUCCAUCCCUUGAUAGUCCUUUGGAUGGAGAGAGUUAUCCAAAAUCACGAAUGCCUAGGGCACAGAGCAAUCCAGAUAAUCAUCAGGAAUUUUCAGACUAUGAUAACCCCAUAUUUGAAAAAUUUGGUAAAGGAGGAACGUAUCCAAGAAGGUAUCACAUUUCAUAUCACCAUCAAGACUACAAUGAUGGUCGUAAAACUUUUCCAAGAGCUAGAAGAACCCAGGGGACCAGCUUCCGGUCUCCUGUGAGUUUCAGUCCUACUGAUCACUCCUUAAGCACUAGUAGUGGAAGCAGUAUCUUUACCCCAGAGUUUGAUGAUAGUCGAAUCAGAAGAAGGGGAAGUGACAUAGACAAUCCUACUUUGACUGUAAUGGACAUCAGUCCUCCCAGCCGCUCACCUCGUGCUCCCACCAACUGGAGACUGGGUAAACUGCUUGGCCAGGGAGCAUUUGGCAGGGUCUACCUCUGUUAUGAUGUUGAUACAGGAAGAGAAUUGGCUGUUAAGCAAGUUCAGUUUGACCCUGAUAGCCCUGAAACCAGCAAGGAAGUAAAUGCACUUGAGUGUGAAAUUCAGUUGUUGAAAAACUUGCUGCAUGAGCGAAUUGUUCAGUAUUAUGGCUGUCUGAGGGAUCCCCAGGAAAAAACACUUUCCAUAUUUAUGGAAUAUAUGCCAGGGAGUUCAAUUAAGGACCAAUUAAAAGCUUAUGGAGCUCUUACUGAGAAUGUGACUAGGAAAUAUACCCGUCAGAUUCUGGAGGGCGUCCAUUAUUUGCACAGUAAUAUGAUUGUUCAUAGAGAUAUCAAAGGUGCAAAUAUUCUGCGAGAUUCAACAGGCAAUGUCAAGUUAGGAGAUUUUGGGGCCAGCAAACGACUUCAAACCAUCUGUCUUUCGGGGACCGGAAUGAAAUCUGUCACAGGCACACCAUACUGGAUGAGCCCUGAAGUAAUUAGUGGAGAAGGCUAUGGCAGAAAAGCAGAUAUCUGGAGUGUGGGCUGUACUGUGGUAGAAAUGUUGACUGAAAAGCCUCCUUGGGCAGAAUUUGAAGCUAUGGCUGCCAUCUUCAAAAUCGCCACUCAGCCAACAAACCCAAAGCUGCCACCUCAUGUCUCAGACUAUACUCGAGAUUUCCUCAAACGGAUCUUCGUUGAGGCCAAACUGAGACCUUCAGCUGAUGAACUCCUAAGGCACAUGUUUGUGCACUAUCACUAGCAGCCAGUAACCUCUCCUGUGCCUCUACCAGUCCCAUCUCUUCCUUCACCUUCUCUCUGACUGCACUUUUCUUUUUUAUAAAAAAAGAGAGAUGGGGAGAAAAAGAGACAAGAGGGAAGUACUUCUCUUGAUUCUUAUUUAAAUUUGCUUAAUAAUAGUAACCUAAAUUUUUUAUAUUUUUUUCCCUUACAAGAACUUGAAACCUUUUUUUUUUUUUUUAAUUUUUAUAAUAUACUGAUGUGGUUCAGAGAGAUAAAGCACUUUAGUACAUAGUCACUCUUUGUAGUAUAAACAAAUCAUGUGGAAUACCUAAAGAUUGUAGAGUCUUUCCCUGUGUCACUGACAGAUUGGUGGGGAUGGAAAGACAUGAAAAACAAGGAAAAGAAGAUGAUGUAUAAUUUGUAGUUUUUAGUAGUAGUAUUUAAAUUGAUCCUCAUUUGUAGGGUUGAGCCCUAACUUGAGUUUAGGGUAGGUACUCAAUUUAAAGAAUAUGGGUUCCUUCUUAUAUCUGUAUUCUUUAGAUCUUAACUUCUGUCUACCAAGCUUUUUGCUCAGUAGGAAUCUUGAUAGAAAAUAUGAAUUUUCAAGAGGUAUGUUUGUUAAUCCUACCAGUAUAAUAAGCAAAUACACUAUAAUAGAUCCAUGUUACUGGAAUCUGUAAACCUUGAGGGAUAACUUUCUGCUUUAAAAAAGAACAAAAACAAAAACAAAAAAGGUAUCUUAAAGCAGAUAUGGUAAACCAAUAAGUAAAUGCAAAUUGAAAGACAAAAGGAUGUUGUGUGAGCAAAAGAGACCACAUUUGCCAAUCAACAGAAAUAAUGGGGAAAAAAAGAACUAUGUGUAUUAUGAGAAAUGUUCUUGAACUGAGGGGGACUUCUCAAAAUUAAGGGAAAGGAGAAAUAAUCAAAAUCAUGUACACAGUCUUUCUAUUCUUACUUCCUGAUUCCCCCAUAGGUAGCAUCUAGGAAUUAAGAAUUUAAUUUGGAGUAUCCAUGUUUAAAGAUCGUGUCAUGAGAUAAAACCAUUGUUCUUGGAAUAACAGAAUAUUAUAGCACCUCAAAAGACAAUUAUGUGAAACUGGUUCUCUAGGGUAGCAUGGGGAUGAUUUCACUUGGCUUUUGUCAAUGCCUGCAGACAUUUUUGGUUUUCCUGCUAUGAGGAUGCUGCUGACAUCUAGUGGAGAGCGACCAGGAUUACUGCUGAAAAAACUGCAAUAUACAAGGAUAGCACCCCCUACUGCCCACAAAGAAUUGCCCUGCCCAAAAUGUCAGAAGUGCCAAAGCUGAAAAAUCCUGUUGUGUAGCCCUAGUUGCAAAAUGAAAACAGCCAUUCACAAAGCAGGGUCCUUAGAAAAAGUAAAUAUCAGAGAGGAAGUGAUAUAAUGCAAUAUGAGGGUUUUUACAAGAACAGAUAUACCUUUACUUCUAGUCAAAGGUGAAUGAUCACAACAAAUAGCAGUCCUUUCCUUAAGCUGCACUUGCACCCAAAUAACUAGUAACUUCAAUUUUAGAAACAUAAUUUAUUUUAAACAUAAAGCCCUUUGAACUCAACCAUCUGAAUAUACUUUUUCCUCAAAGCCAGUUCAUAAUUGUGGGAAAAGGAAGCAUAUUAAAGCAGAGUAUUAACUACUUCAUAGGAAGGUUAAAAUCCCCAGGUAUUUCUAGUAUAUUUCAUUCAUUAAGAGCAAGAGGCCAUUGAUGGAAAGUAGCAAUUGGGAAAAACCCCAGUAGCUCUAAUGGGAUUGUGCUACUGAAAAACCUGAGUGAUAGCAGUAAUUUGACCGCUUGAGGUUUUUUCAGCAUAUUAAAGCAAGUGCUAAGUACUUUAUUUUAAAGGUCUAGAAAAUAGUAGUCUUCCUGGAGUCCCUAAAUGUGAACCCUUUCAUGAGAUCCUUAAGGUACUUGGGUAUUUUUAUUUCCUAUUAGGUAUGCUUCAAUAUGGACUCUUUUAAAAUACUUUGUUUUUUAAGUUAGGAUAGAUCUUGGUUUACUUUGUGAAGGUCCAAUCUGGCAUUCUCUAUAGGGAAUUUGAAAUUCCACUAACUGGCCUGAAGAGAAGUCAAGCACAAAUAGAGUUGUUAAAGCAUCUAUCAGAGGAAGCAGCUUGCAAAGAAAGAAUGUGGAUUCGUGGCCCCACCCCUAAGGAAAUCUAUUGCCAAACUUGUUUAUAAAUAUAUCCCCCAAGGAUAUGGAUCUGUUAUCAUUUCCUUAUCUUUUAUGAGUGAGGGUAUCUCUUCUGCUUGAGCAAGAUGAUGGUAUUUAGGCCAGUGGGAUUUUUCUUCAUUUCUUUUGUCUUGUUUGAUUCUGGAUUUCCAUUUGAUUUUUUUUUUUUGGUCUGUCAGGGUAACUAGAAAUGCAGAAUAUGAGACAAAUGUUCUUUAGAGAUAAAUCUUGGGAGACUGUAAAACCCAAAGCAAAACUGCUUUUCAGCCUUUUUUUUUCCUCUUCUAAUGCUAUAGAAAAUAAAAUCACCUAAAAAAAAUACUACUAUAAUAACUGCUGCAGAAGACCUUUGUUUUAUAAGAAAAAUAUUAUUAGCUAUGGGAAAGUAUUGUUCUUUAUGUAAAGACUUUUAAAAUAGGCUAAUAGUUUAGAGAGUUAUUAUGUAAAAUGUGGUGUGAAUUUAUUUGAAAUGAGUUGUAAAGGUACCAAAUACCAUAAUAAAAGUUAAUAUAUUAAAAAACUACAAGAACAGAAAAGCUUGAAGUGGGUGGGGGUAUGAAAGAUCAAAAGGAAAUUUAAAAAAGGAAAUUUUGAAAGGAAAUACCUUUAUCAGGGACAGUUAAAUAUUAACACUCCAGUUUUUCUUUCUAAUAAUGGUGUGGACCUACAAACAAAAUUUAAGCUUUUUAAGAUGACUCUAAAUGUAUUUUGUUUUUUAAAUGCAUAAUUGAUUCUACUAUAGUGUAAUGUGUCUUUGAUGAGGCUGGAAAAUGACCAGACUGCUGACUUUGUGCCUUUAAAAUGCAUUCUGCUUUGAAUAGUGGCAGAUUUUUUGGUGCUGGAGAAGAUUCACUAGCAGUCUUAUGUGUGCUUUUCAGGAAAUAUCUUUCUACGUAGGCCUUGAGAGAUUCAAAAUAGCAUGGCUUAGGCUCGGACCAAAAUAUAAGAUCCUCUACAUUGCAAACAAAGUGUGUUGAAUAAAGGGAUUGAAGAAUACUAUAAUGGCUAGUAGAUACUAUGAUGGCCGAAAAUUCUUUGAACUGUCUACAGACUGAAAUUUUCAAUAUGAAUAUCUUGAAAACUUUCCAAGUUUCCUCAUUCAUAAAACAUGUUUCUAACUUGAAAAAUGGUUAGAGACUACUACUGCCUUAGAAAGUUUUCAAAGUUACAGUCAGUAAAUAAUUUAUGAAAUUGAAUUGUUAACAAAUGUGCUGAAGUUAAAAUUUAUUUCCAAGUAAAUUGGAGUGGCUAUCACUUAAGAAAGUCUUUAUGUUAUUCCCUAUAGAAACUACAUUUAAAAGAUGGAAUUAUUUCUUUAGCUUUUUGUUACUUCAGCUCAUACAAAUGUUGGGUCUGGUCUGUAGUAUUCUGAGAUACUAAGAAAGUCAAAUCUGAAUAGUUUAUAGAAAUUACCAAGCUUGAAUGCAAAAGCUAAGAUGUUUGCUAGAUCCAGACUCCUUGACCCCUGGCAGAGUUCUGUGCCAAUAAUUUUAUUUGGGGUCUGGAGACCAAAUUUAAUUAUAACAUCACCUGGUGUAAAUUAAGUAUAGCAGUGUAACAGUUUUUUGUUUUUUAAAAAAUAGGAUGAGUCUUUUUUAUUUGUUUAUUCAAUAAUUAUGGCUUAUUGUAUCAGGUACUAAAUUAACUUAUCAUUAAGGAGGUCAUGUCUAGGAGGAAAUAUGAGCAAACUACUAAUAGUAAUUUGGGUAAUCAUUGGCUUGUAUAUACUAAAGUGUUAUUCACAUUAGAGAUUAAAAAAUUUCCAAAUUGAAGGAAAGCCCACUAACCCAUAAGACAGAGAGCCUCUCUUCUCAAGACUCUCUUAACCCUACUUGUCCAAGUGAAGGGGACAUUUAUCCCAUAACAUAGUGGGUUUUUUCCUGCUGUUUUUCUUUUUGAAGAAAAGAAUAUUUUCUUUUGGCCCUAAUUGUUAAAAUACCCAAAACAUUUGAUAGAAAUUGAAUUCUGUCAACAGGGUUAUUUAAGUUUGGUCUUUGUUACAAAUCAGAUGUUCAUAUUUAUUAGAGUUUUAAGAUUAGUUAAAUGUUAAUGAAAAGAAUAUUGUUAAUUUUUGGUCGUGCCUUUUUCUCUUUAUGCCUUAAUUUUAUUUUAUAUCAAGAACAAUUCAUGUUGCCCACUGAAAUGAAGGUUUUACCCAAAUCAGUAGAUUUUAAAAGUUCAUUUGGCCUUAGACUGUGUAUUGACUCUUAAAUACUUGUUAAUGUCAGUUUCCUCCUCUUCCCUUUUCUACCUCCUUUUUUUUUAUGUUAGAAGAGAAACAUUAACAUUAAUCUGUGAUAUACACACUUCAGUUUCUACUAGAAGUGAACUUCUAAGAUAAGAGGUAUUCUAAUUCUGAAGAGACAUAGAAAAUUGUUUUUCAGGUUGAAAAAUUUUGUCCGAAUUCUUUGUAUAUCAUGAUUCAAUUACGAUUUAUAGCAGAGCUAGAAUGGUUAUUUUUGCCCUGAGCUUGUUUAAAUGGUUUACAAAUGUUAAGGUCAUGUGAGUUAGGGCAAUGAACAAGAAAUCCAGGGAUAGUGAAUUCUAAUCCUUUCUAAGUAACAUUUUGAGUAAACUCUAGCUUACUUUUCUGUGAAG